AUGGGGAAUUCUUGUGUUGGUCCUAGCAUUUCGAAGAAUGGUAUUAUUCAAUCGUUUUCGGCUGCGAUUUGGCGUACACACUUACCUGAACAGGAAGGAUCAGUGUCUAAUCGAGGUUCGGUGAAUGAGGUAGUAACUGGUAACGAAUCCGAAUCUCCGUUGCCUGUCCAAAACAAACCUCCGGAGCAGAUAAUUAUACCAAAGCCAGAGACGAAAUCCGAAAAGGAACCAGAAAAGGAACCUGAAAAGGAAAAGAAGAAGCAAAGGAAACCUUCUGUGAAGAGAAGUUCUAGUGCAGGACUUCGUGUUGAUUCUGUGUUGCAGAGAGAAACUGGUAAUUUUAAGGAAUUCUUUAGUCUAGGGAAGAAACUCGGACAAGGUCAGUUUGGGAUAACGUUCUUGUGCAUUGAGAAAGAAACCGGGCGUCAGUAUGCUUGUAAAUCUAUUGCGAAGAGGAAGCUUGUAACCGAUGACGAUGUUGAGGAUGUGAGGAGAGAAAUUCAGAUAAUGCACCAUUUGGCUGGACAUGCUAAUGUUAUAUCCAUCAAAGGUGCUUAUGAGGAUGCAGUGGCGGUUCAUGUUGUGAUGGAAUUGUGUGCAGGCGGUGAGCUUUUUGAUCGGAUUAUUCAGCGUGGACAUUAUACCGAAAGAAAGGCAGCUGAACUUAUUAGGACUAUUGUUGGUGUUGUUGAAGCUUGUCAUUCUCUUGGUGUCAUGCAUAGAGACCUUAAACCUGAGAAUUUUCUAUUUGUCAAUCAGCAAGAGGAUUCGCUACUCAAAACUAUCGACUUUGGAUUAUCUGUGUUCUUUAAGCCAGGUGAUACAUUUAUUGAUGUGGUUGGUAGCCCAUAUUAUGUUGCCCCAGAAGUUUUGAAAAAGCGAUACGGUCCUGAAGCAGAUGUUUGGAGUGCCGGUGUUAUCCUUUACAUUCUUUUGAGUGGAGUACCUCCAUUUUGGGCCGAAAGCGAACAAGGGAUAUUCGAACAGGUUUUGCAUGGUGAUCUUGACUUCGCUUCAGAUCCAUGGCCUGCAAUUUCUGACAGUGCAAAAGAUUUAGUAAGGAAAAUGCUUGUUCGUGACCCUAGAAGACGGAUGACUGCACAUCAAGUAUUAUGUCAUCCUUGGGUUCAAGUUGACGGUGUAGCUCCUGACAAGCCACUUGAUUCCGCCGUAUUAAGUCGCUUGAAGCAAUUUUCUGCUAUGAACAAGCUCAAGAAAAUGGCUCUUAUAGUCAUUGCAGAGAGCUUAUCAGAAGAAGAAUUAGCCGGUUUAAAAGAAAUGUUCAAGAUGAUAGACACAGAUAACAGUGGCCAAAUUACUUUCGAAGAACUUAAAGCCGGUUUGAAAAAAGUUGGUGCAAAUCUUAAGGAGUCUGAAAUUUAUGAUUUAAUGCAAGCGGCUGAUGUAGAUAACAGUGGAACGAUUGAUUACGGCGAGUUCAUUGCGGCAACAUUGCAUCUUAACAAAGUUGAAAAAGAAGAUCAUCUAUUUGCAGCUUUUUCUUACUUUGAUAAAGAUGGAAGUGGCUAUAUUACUCAAGAAGAACUUCAACAAGCUUGCGAUGAGUUUGGCAUAAAAGAUGUUGGCUUGGACGAGAUAAUCAAGGAAAUUGAUGAAGAUAAUGACGGGCGCAUAGACUAUAACGAGUUUGUGGCUAUGAUGCAGAAAGGAAAUGUUCCUAUGGUUGGUAAGAAAGGCCUUGAAAAUAACUUCAGCAUUCGUUUCAAGGAAGCAUUAAAAUUGUAG